UUGUGUUUUACAUGCGCCAUUUUACACUGUAACGUCCUUUAAAUCAGCAAAACUGAGCAAGAAUGUGUCUAAUAGUAUUUAUUUUUCCAUUGCUUAUGUAGGAAUUUACAUGUACUUGAUGGGAAACCAUGAACAUUGUGAGAAACUGAGUCUAGAAGACGAACAUUUAAGUCAAGAUUUACCCGUGCAGCUCCAUGAAGACUGAAUGAAUCAUGGACGACACACAAACACUGACUGGAGAUUUUUCUCCAGAAUGCAGUCAAUUACACAGUCAGAGAUCAAACUCACCAGAGUCCAGCUGUGUGUCCCUGAAGAGUGACCAGUCUGUGGACAAACCACUAAAAUUUAAGGGAAGACACACAUCAACUGAUCUGAGUCAAUUACACAGUCAGAGAUCAAACUCACCGGAGUCCAGCUGUGUGUCCAUGAAGAGUGACCAGUCUAUGGAAAAACCACUAAAAUUUAAGGGAAGACACACAUCAACUGAUCUGAGUCAAUUACACAGUCAGAGAUCAAAUUCACCAGAGUCCAGCUGUGUGUCCAUGAAGAGUGACCAGUCUAUGGAAAAACCAAUAAAAUUUAAGGGAAGACACACAUCAACUGAUCUGAGUCAAUUACACAGUCAGAGAUCAAAUUCACCAGAGUCCAGCUGUGUGUCCAUGAAGAGUGACCAGUCUGUGGACAAACCACUAAAAUUUAAGGGAAGACACACAUCAACUGAUCUGAGUCAAUUACACAGUCAGAGAUCAAACCCAUCAAAGUCCAGCUGUGUGUCCAUGAAGAGUGACCAGUGUAUGGAAAAACCAAUAAAAUUUAAGGGAAGACACACAUCAACUGAUCUGAGUCAUGACUCUCAACUGGUCCAAAACAGAGUCAAGUCAAAUCUGCUGAAGAAGUUUCAGUGUCUGUAUGAAGGAACAGCAAAGCAGGGAAACCCAACACUCCUGAAUGAGAUCUACACAGAGCUCUACAUCACAGAGAGUGAAAGUGGAGAAAUCAAUAAUGAGCAUGAGGUGAGACAGAUUGAGACAAAAUUCAGGAGACCAGCAACAGAGGACAAACCAAUCAAAUGCAAAGACAUCUUUAGACCUUUACCUAGACAAAACAAACCCAUCAGAACUGUGCUGACAAAGGGAGUGGCUGGCAUUGGAAAAACAGUCUCUGUGCAGAAGUUCAUUGUGGACUGGGCUGAAGGGAAAGAGAAUCAGGAUGUCCAGCUCAUAUUUCCACUUCCUUUCAGAGAGCUCAACUUUAUGAAAGACAAAACACUCAGUCUUUCAGAUCUUCUUCAUGUCUUUUUCCCUGAAACAAAAGAAAUGGAAAUAUCCAGUGAAGAAUAUAAAGCAUUGUUCAUCUUUGAUGGUCUGGAUGAGUGUCGUCUGUCUCUGGAUUUUCAGAGCGAUGUGAGGUUGUGUGAUGUGACUGAAUCAGCCUCAGUGGAUGUGCUGCUGAUGAACCUCAUUGAGGGGAAUCUGUUUCCCUCUGCUCUCAUCUGGAUCACCUCCAGACCAGCAGCAGCUGAUCUCAUCCCCUCUGAGUGUGUCCAUCGAGUGACAGAGGUACGAGGCUUCAGUGAGCCACAGAAGGAGGAAUACUUCAGGAAGAGAAUCAGUGAUCAGAGUCUGGCCGACAUGAUCAUCACACACCUGAAGUCAUCAAGGAGCCUCCACAUCAUGUGCCACAUCCCAGUGUUCUGCUGGAUCUCAGCCACUGUUCUAGAGAAGAUGUUGAGUGAAGCAGAGAGAGGAGAGGUUCCCAAGACUCUCACUCAAAUGUACACACACUUCCUGAUCCUUCAGACCAACAUCAAACAUGAGAAGGACUAUGAGAAGAAAGUGAAAGAUGAAGACAUGAUUCUCAAACUAGGGAAACUGGCUUAUCAGCAGCUUGUGAAAGGCAAUGUGAUCUUCUAUGAGGAAGACCUGAGAGAGUGUGGCAUUGAUGUGACAGAAGCAUUAGUAUACUCAGGAUUGUGCACUCAGAUCUUCAGAGAGGAGUUUGGCUUGUAUCAGGGGAAAGUCUUCUGCUUUGUUCAUCUGAGCAUCCAGGAACAUCUAGCAGCUCUAUAUGCACACAUUUACUUUACAAAUGACAACAUAAAUGUGUUUGAACAAAUCACCAAACCAAGUCUGUUUUCUAAGGUUUUAAAUUGGUUUAUAUAUUCAUUAUCUGAGCUGCAUCAGAGAGCUGUGGAUGAGGCUUUACAGAGUGAGAAUGGACAUCUGGACCUUUUCCUGCGUUUCCUUCUGGGUCUCUCAUUGGAGUCCAAUCAGACUCUCUUACGAGAACUACUGACACAGACAGGAAGCUGCUCCUACAACAAACAGGAAACAGUUCAGUACAUCAAACAGAAGAUCAGAGAAAAUCACUCUCCAGAGAGAUCCAUCAAUCUGUUCUACUGUCUGAAUGAACUAGGUGAUGAUUCACUGAUGCAGGAGAUCCAACAUUAUCUAAAAUCUGGAAAAAUAAGAGAAACCAAACUCUCCUCUUCACAGUGGUCAGCUCUGGUUUAUGUGUUGCUGACAUCAGAGCAGAAGAUGGAUGAUUUUGAUCUAAAUCAGUUUAUUGGAGCACAAAAUACAGCAGAUGAAGUUCUUCAGAAGCUGCUGCCUGUGGUUAGUGAAUCCAGAUUAGUUCAGUUGAGUAAGUGUGGUGUCACAGUUAAAGGUUGUGCUGCUUUGGCUUCAGCUCUGAGAUCAAACCCCUCACAAUUGAGAGAACUGGAUCUGUCACUGAAUACAGUAGGAGAUAGAGGAGUGAAGCUGCUCUCUGAUCUACUAAAGGAUCCUCACUGUAAACUGGAGAAACUGUGGUUGAGUAAGUGUGGUGUUACAAGUGAAGGUUGUGCUGUUCUGGCUUCAGCUCUGAGAUCAAACCCCUCACACCUGAGACAACUGUAUCUGUCUGAUAAUAAACUAGGAGACAGAGGAAUGAAGCUACUCUCUAAAAUACUGAAGAAUCCUCAUUGUAAACUGGAUAAACUGUGCUUGUGGGAUUGUGGUGUCACAGAUAAAGGUUGUGCUGCUCUGGCUUCAGCUCUGAGAUCAAACCCCUCACACCUGAGAGAUCUGUAUUUGGUUGGAAAUAAACUAGGAGACAGAGGAGUGAAGCUGCUCUCUGAUCUGAAGGAUGAUCCACAUUAUAAACUGGAGACGCUUUGGUUUUAGAUGUUGGCCUGACCUUCUCUGGAUCAGCUGAUGGAGAAUAAAGAGCCGCUACAGACACAUCACAUUCAACACAAUCAACAGACACAAACCCACAGUGAUCAUCACACACGGAAAGUUUUUGUGUACUAAUUAUUCUGCAUGACCAUAUCUACCUUAAGUUGUUGUAAGGUGGUUGUUGUUGUAUUAGGUAGUAUUAAGGGAUGUAGAAUAUGGUCAUGCAGAAUAAGGCAUUCAUAUCUGCUUUAUAAGUACUAAUAAACAGCCAAUAUUCAGGCUAAUAAGCAGUUAGUUAAAAGUGAGAAUUGUUCCCGUACUAAAGUGUUACCUGUUCUUCUUUAUAACUCUACAUACUUCUAAGAAAUGUUUAUGGGCAGGUUUAAAGUUUUGAGUUGGAUUAGCAGCUCAAAAUAUCUUUUUAAUGCUAUAUUGUUACUAAAACUGUCAUUUUCAACACAUUUCUGACCAUUACGCUUUAUAUUCUUUUUAUUUUCUCCAUAAAAGGGUUGCUUGUGUUUGGGGAUAUAACAUUUAUCUAUAAAAUGGUAAAAGGGAAAUUAUACAAAUAUCUUUAUGAUAUAAAAGAAUUGUACAUAUUUUACUUUUUUAACUAUAAAUAUGUGUCUUGUUUAAAUCAUGUCAUUAACUCUAUUUAUACUCCUCUAGGCUUUGUUUCAGUAUGAAUUCUUGUUUCAUGUUACUGACAGUUUUCUGAGCAGUCUCGUUGUUCCUGUUUCUGAUCUCUGUCUCAUCUUGGAUUUCUCGUCUCGUCCAUGGAGUUUUAUGUUCUUGUGGAUUUAUUACUAGUGCUUUGACCUUCUGUCUGGUUUUGAACUAUGAAUUUGGAUUGUAUUUUUUCAUUAAACUGCAUCUGGAUCCUCA